AGCAUUUCUCUCGUCUCUAUGUAUGCAUUCAUUUAACUAAUUCUUCACUCAUUUCUUAUUAUCCAUUGCAACCAUUCGUUAAAUUCUUAAACAAUUUUAUCAAAACAAAAACUUUGUCAUCAUUUUUAGAGAAUUUCAUCCAAAAGGCUUUUGAUUGAUUGAAAAAUGAGUGAAACUGAAGAGAAAGCCGUCAAACAAGAGACCGGAUUUAUGGGUCAAAUCCGGCGGCUGUCGCGCCGUUUCUCCGGAACCCUAUUGAAUGUGGACUCCAAAGCCGGUCCCCAUUUCACACACAGCGGCCGUAAAACCAUAUAUUCGUACGACGACGAGGAACAGCUCAGGAUUGGUGGAGUGGCGGCCGAAGAACUAAUUGAGAAAUACGGUAAAUACAAGCUCAGGAUUGGUGGAGUGGCGGCCGAAGAACUAAUUGAGAAAUACGGAACACCACUUUAUGUCUAUGAUGUGAAUCGAUUGACCGAUAAUUAUAACGUCUAUUUGGGUUCUCUAAGAAAUGUCAAGAAUUUUAUGCUCUGCUAUGCCGUCAAAGCCAACUCAAACUUAGCACUUCUGGAUAUUUUCUCACGUCUUGGCUGUGGCUUUGAUGUGGUUUCUGGAGGAGAGAUAUCAAGAUGUCUGGCCGUUGGCAUCGACCCAUCAAAGAUAGUUUACAGCGGAUGUGGGAAAUCAAUUGAGGAAAUUGAUUACGCCGUCAGAUCUGAAGUAUUUUGCAUUAAUGUCGAGUCGUGGGGAGAGUUGGAGCGCAUUGAGGACAGGGCUCGCGCCCACAAUAAAGUCCAAAACGUCUCCAUUCGUGUCAAUCCCGACAUUAACCUCGACGGCCAUUCGCACCCACAUAUUCUGACGGGUUCUUCGAGUCACAAGUUUGGAGUUCCUAUCAAUGAGGCGCCAGAGAUCUACAAUCGGGCCAAAGCGUCGGCUCACCUCAAAAUAAAGGGCAUAUCGUGUCACUUGGGCUCAAGUAUCCAACAGUUGGAGCCAUUCAUUGAAGCGCGAGACAAACUGUUGGCCUUAGCGGACGAACUGCGAAAUGAAAACCGCAUUUGGGUCGAGCACAUCAACCUCGGCGGUGGGUUUGCCGCACAAAUCGCCACCAACUUAGAUGUGCCCGACAUUCCCGGUUGGGUCGAGAAGUUGGCCAAACCUAUCACCGAAAGGGGACUUAAAAUGGUUCUGGAGCCGGGACGCAGUCUUAUGGCUGACGCCGGAGUACUUCUCACGAAAAUAGAGUACGUGAAGAGAUUCGGGUCGUGCGGAUCGGGACAGAGCUCUCCGCGUUCGGGUUCACUCGUCAACGCCGAGAUACCCGUGCGCUCGAAGUCGGGCACCGCUCCCAAGGCUUUCGUUGUGGUGGACGCGGGAUUCAAUGACUUCGCCAGAACUGCUCUCUACGGACAACAGCAUAAGAUCAUACCCUCGAACGCCAAAGUGGAACAGUUGCCCGGUUUGCCAUCCGAGUACAAGUACGACAUCGUUGGCCCCAUUUGCGAGUCAACCGACUGUUUCUUCCGGGACUUAAUUCUGUCCCAAAAACUAGAGCCCAAUUCCGCGCUCGCCAUCUGUGAUGUCGGCGCUUAUGGGAUGACUCUAUCGAGUAAUUACAACACUCGUAACCGCGCGGCAGAAGUGCUCAUAUCUGACGGACCAACUCAUACACUGAUCCGCGAGCGCGAGAAAUACGAAGACCAAUACGCGAAGGAGAGGACUGCGACUGACAUUAAUCUCAGAGCUCUGGAGAUGUUGGAGGAGUUUGCCAGCAGAGAGGACCUUGCUCAGACUGAGAAUGGCAACCAAUGAACUCACACACCAGUCAUUCCCAUGUCUUCUACUUUUAGACUAUAUUUUUAGAUUACUUUACUUUUCGAAAUAGAGUACAACAAACUAAAGGCAUUUUAAUUUUGUGCUCAAAUUUCAAAUGCUUUUUUGUAUAAAUAUAUUUUUACGAUUAAUAUAUUAAUAUUUAAAACGUAUAAAGUAUAUGAUUAUUAUUAAUAUAUAAACUGAUAUAUUUAUCAAUAUAUACCGUAACUAACUAAACAAGUGUUUAGAUACUAUGAGAGAAUCUGUUGGAAUUGAGAAUAAUGUAUACUUUAGUCCUGAAGAAUAUUCUCUUAAAAGUCGAUUACUAUGGAU